GAGACGGCGAGAGCGGCAUCAGCACAAACCUCCGUCCUUGCCGAAAAAGACGACUUUUUUCCCCCCUCUCCUCUUUACUCAACUUUUUCUUCCCCGUGCCAAAGUCAGCGCAGAAGCCAUGGAGCACCAGCUGUUCUGCUGCGAGGUGGAUACCAUAAGAAGAGCUUACCACGACGCCAACUUGUUGAAUGAUCGAGUUUUACAGACAAUGCUCAAAGCGGAGGAAAACUAUCUCCCCUCGCCCAAUUAUUUCAAAUGCGUGCAGAAAGAAAUUGUACCCAAAAUGAGGAAAAUCGUCGCCACAUGGAUGCUAGAGGUGUGCGAAGAACAGAAAUGUGAAGAGGAGGUUUUCCCUUUGGCCAUGAACUACUUGGACAGGUUUCUGUCUGUCGAAUACACUAAAAAGACGCGACUGCAGCUGCUGGGAGCCGCCUGCAUGUUCUUGGCCUCCAAAAUGAAGGAAACCGUGCCAUUAACAGCAGAGAAGCUUUGUAUAUACACGGACAACUCCAUCCGCCCCUGCGAACUAUUGCAAAUGGAGCUACUUGUUCUGAAUAAGCUGAAGUGGGAUCUAGCCUCUGUGACACCCCACGACUUCAUUGAACAUUUUCUCACCAAACUGCCUAUUCAUCAGAGCGCCAAGCAGAUUCUGCGCAAACACGCACAGACGUUUGUGGCUCUCUGCGCAACAGAUGUCAACUUUAUCGCAAGCCCUCCCUCGAUGAUCGCUGCAGGAAGCGUUGCCGCAGCAGUGCAGGGACUCUACUUGAAGGGUGCCGACAGUUCUUUAUCCUCCCAGAACCUCACCAACUACCUGUCCCAAGUUAUCAGGAGUGACCCAGACUGUCUUCGAUCGUGCCAGGAGCAGAUCGAAUCUCUGCUGGAGUCCAGUCUGAGGCAGGCGCAACAGCAAAGCAUCUCCACAGAAAGCAAACGCGUGGAGGAGGACGUUGAUCUCUCAUGCACUCCUACAGAUGUCAGGGACAUUAACAUCUGAGGGUGCCGGCCUUCGACUAGAGUCUUGCUUUUUCAUUGGGGUAAUGGGACCCCAUGCUUCAUGGGACUAGAGGGCACACAGCUCCCGCACCACCGGAGCCCACACAGACACCUCAACCAAUCCUAAUCAGCCCCUCAGAGUGCCCUCGCUGUUGACCCCUCAGUGGCCUUAACGAUUGGGCUGUUGCUGGCCAGGACCACCAGAAGAGGACAUGGGAAGGAUAAAAACCCUGAUCGUCCCUUCUACAUUGCUUAUGUCUCUCUUUUUCAGACCCUCUUCACACAACUUGAGUCAAAAAAAGACAAAAAAUGUAUAGUUAAUAUAGGAUUUUUAAAAUUGCAACAGCUGCAUAUAUUAUUUAUGUAGUUGAUACUUGUCUAAUGUACAGACAAGGAAAUAGGUUGGUAAUUUUAUUUCAAGUGUAUCUAUAACCAUUAUUUGAAAGAGAAGAGGCAUUAAUUUUGUUUCUUUUUAUCUCUUUCUUUUAGCUAGUAUAAUGUCACACAUGCUAACAGUCACCCCAGCCAUUUUUUUGCAGUCUAGGCAUGUGUAUGUAUCCCCGCUUGCUUAUGCGUUUAGUCACUUUAUUCUAUUGUCUAGACUUUUAAAAUCCCUAACAUGUUUCUUUUUCUUUCAAAAUGGCUUGUGUAACCCUAGUAUAUUUUGUUAAGCAUGUGUUAUUCUAUGUUAUGAUUUAGAGGCCUGUGGAUUGCCAAAGCUAAGGCUUUAACUUAACACCAGACAGAACCAUUUCCAUUUUCCCCCCAUUUAUUUUGUUUGUUUGAUUGUCCUCACUGCCAAUGCCAUCACUGGUUGUGACACAAUAAGCUUCUCUCCUACCCGCCUCCUAUGUUACAUUCGCAGUGCAAUUCACAGUCUACUUUCUUUUUAGAUUUAUGUAUUAUAAUCUAAAACCAUUCCAUUUAAAAAAAAAAAAAAAAAGCACUUUCAGUCCGUCUUGUAAGGCUGACUUAUGGAAAAAAAAAUUCCAGAUUUGUAAAACAAAACCGAAAAAAAUAUGGAAUGGAAUAGGAAUUGACGACAGGUUUAUUUACUGUCCGCAGCAUGGAGCAGGUCUCUUUAUGGUGUUAUAGGUUAUAGAGAGAGAAACGGAGAGUUGGAAAAGAAAUGGAUUCUCAGAAAAGCAUUACAGCAACCGUCAACAUCCUACUGGCUGAGAUGGAUGCUGGAGAACACUGAGGUGCAAUCUCGAUGAGAGCGACCCACGCAAGCCUGCCACCGUUCAGCUCCAGGCGCAUUAAUGCGUUUAAAACACUAAAGUAAAACAAAUAGCUAUAACAAAGGUUGAGAACUAUUUAUUUUGUUCUACCCCCCCUCUUACAAGGCCAGUAUGGAAUGCAACAACGAGAUGCCUGAGUUUUGAAGUGUGCUCAAUGCACGACUGUUUGCUACCUUGUGUGAAAUUAUGUUUUUUUGGAUCAGCCAUAGUUAUUGUUGGAGCUGACAAACUCUGAAUGAGGAAAAAAACAAAAUUACAAGAGAUAACAAAGUGCUGUGGCCUCUAGAAGAUUUUGCACAAACCCCAAGAUGUAAUGUCCUCUCUCAACUCUCGGUGGAGGAGAAAACAGGGACAAAGACGGACGUUAGAGGUGGCAGAGUGAGACGUUAAAAGGGGUGACGACUGGACAUCAGAAAGUAACUGCAGAACUAAACUAAGGUGUUUGUAUACAGAGAAAAGAAGAGAACACGGGAGCACACACUCCUCAUAUGUAGCUGCUAUGGUGGGAUUUCCGGCAAGUAUGAAACUUUGAACGAAAAAAAAAAGGAAAAAAAAAAAAAAGGAAAAGACAUGCUUUGUUCUCUUGUCUUGUUUUGCUGCUAUUUUUUGGUUUUGUCUAUGUAUAAUGUCAAUACUGCCAUAGGUUUUUAAUUUUCUCAUAGAAAAUUAUGAUAUUGACAUCUGUUUCUUUUGGUAGUUUUUUUUAUGUGAUCAGUUUUUAUUAAUGUGAUUUCUGCGCUAUUCCAAAAAAAAAAAGAAACAAAUAGACAAAUGUUCCUGUUUUACCCAUAAUACCUCAACCAGUCAUGAUUUAGUAAUGAUUUUUUCCCUCAGUUCUGUCUUUUGUUUUACUUUGUUAUUCAGUGUCUGCUAGUCCAGUAAUUGGACAACCAUUAUACAUUACAUUCUCCUUCUGGGUCCUGAUUUGAGCAACAAAAAAAAAACAAAAAACACACACACACAGAGAGAGAGAAAGAAAAAGAGAGCGCAUUAAAUGAAAUUGGUGCCAUAAACAGCUUGAUUAUAACUCAUUUGAGUUUUUAACUGUUUCAUUAAAAGAGACUUUUAUGCCCCACCUUUAGGCCCCUUGUGGCCUAAUCUAAAUGUAUUUAUGAAGCUUUUGUUCAAAUUCAAAGCAGAUAUGAACUUGUGAAUUUUACAACGCCAUAGUAUUGUAGUAAUUUAACAUGGCUCCCAUGUCAGAAGCUGGAUAUGUUGCUUUGAACACAGGAAGCUUGGCAUGUUAACAUCACAUGUGUCAAUAUCACAAUAAAUGGCAUGUAGAUGCAACCAGCAGUAGUUCUUUCCUUUUUCAUAUUGCAUUCAUGUGAUUUUUUUUUAAAAACAAAAUUGUAAAAUUCUUUUAUUUUUAACACCAAGAGUUGAUCCUUGAUCUCCCUUUCUCAAUCCCUUUCCCUUUUAGCCAUAGACAUGGUGCUGCUAUGUGUUCUGCAUUGUGACUGGAGAUAGUACUUUUAUAUAAAAAGAUGCAGCUUGGAGUUUUAGGGUGAGCUACUGGCUAACCCAGGACCCAGGGGGACAAAACCACACAUUAUCCUCUGUAUAGUAUCAGGAAUGUUUGUUACCUCAAGACAAAAAAAAAAAAGUCUAAUGAGCUGCGUGUUUUGCAAGCCAAGACAUAUAGGUUUUUAAAUGAAUAAAUAAAUAAGUGUAAAAGAAAAGACAAGCUGGUGAGGGGUUCACCCAAUUUUUUCUUUUGAAUGUGCAAGGAAAGAUAUUGACUCAGACAACAUCAGAAAUGUCAUUGCAUCUACCUUUCCCCAAACCAUAAAAAGCUUGGCUUUGUGUCUUGUAAAUGAGAGCAGUUGCUCUUUUUAGUCUUGAAUGGUGUUACUCAAGGAACACUUUAGUAGAUGUGGUGAUGACCCAGAAAUAAAAUGUCACUUCAUGUGUUUUUUUUUUUCCUUUGCUGGUCCGAAAUGCACAAACUUUACUUGCAGACCCGUUCUAGACAUUAUGUUAGCUAGAAUUAAAGUUGAGCUU